AUGCCGCCCAAGUGCCUGCCCGAGGCCGAAAAUGCCUUUGGGCCUGCAGUUGGCGGGGGCUGCAGCGGUGGCUUCGACUUCACGCUGCUCUUCGAACAGACCAUCCUCAGCAUACUCCCUGCUGCUGCCUUUCUAGUCGUUUCGCCGUUGAGGAUCAGAUACCUACUCAAACAAGGUAUCUACACGCGGACAAGUUUCUUCCGAGUUGCGAAGCUGGUUGUUGCGACUGGUUUCGCGGCUGCUCAGCUGGGACUCCUUGUUCUCUGGACAGAGGACAAGGGCCUGCAGACUCGAGGCUCAGUUCCAGCGGCAGCCCUUGAGGUUGUUGCUGGGCUAUCCCUUGGGUUGUUGUCCUGGGUUGAAGACUCCCGCUCGGUAAAGCCGUCAUCUUUGCUGAGCGUCUAUUUACUAUUUACUCUGCUUUUUGAUGUCGCACAAGCGAGGACUCUGUGGCUUCUCCAACAAGAGCAGAGCAAACCUAUCAAGGUCCUAUUUUCAAUCAGUGUGGGCCUGAAGUCUGUCUUCCUUGCUCUGGAAACCAAAGGGAAACGAGCCUAUCUCGAGACAAAAUAUCAAGACCUGCCACCGGAGUCCACGAGCGGAAUUAUCAAUCGGUCAUUUAUGUGGUGGCUGAAUCACCUAUUCUUCAGAGGCUUCAAAUCUUUGCUCACACUAGAUGAUCUCAAUAGAUUGGAUCCAAAUUUACACUCGGCCAGUCUCAGCCACUCGGCUCAGGUUGCGUGGCAGCAGCGACGGAGACCUGAACGACGGUUCGAAGUUCCAUUUGCGCUCUGUCGGGCCCUCUGGUGGCCACUGGCAUCGGCAGCAAUCCCACGCCUAUUCUUGAUUGGAUUCACCUUCGCACAGCCCUUUCUACUACAGACGAUUCUUGAAUGGCUAGGUCAAGGCCCAAAUGUCUCUCGAAAUGAAGGAUACGGACUGUUAGGCGCUACGGUGCUUAUCUAUCUCGGCCUAGCUAUCUCAAACCUGCAUUACAAUCACACGGUGUAUCGUUUUCUUACCAUGUUUCGCGGUGCUGUCUCAUCCCUUAUUUACGGCCGUGCUCUUCAUAUCCCAGACGGCCGUCUCGAUGAUCGAUCAGCCGCUAUUACGCUAAUGACAACAGACAUUGACCGAAUAUCCGCCUGUCUGAUCAAUCUGAAUGAAUGCUGGGCUCGAUUAAUUGAGGUAGCAGUUGGGAUUUCCAUACUCGCUAUGCGGAUUGGCUGGAUAUGCGUUGUACCAGUCAUUGUCACUCUAGGCAAGUCAUCUGGCAUUGGAAGCAUCGAGAUAGCAAAACGCAUUGGCCCUCGACAGAAAAUAUGGGUAGAUGCAGUGCAGAAUCGAAUCGCUAUUACGAGCUCACUGCUAAGCAACAUUCAUACCGUCCGACGCAUGGGCUGGAGCCAUGCCGUUGCUGAAAUCAUCCAAAAGAGGCAAGCCAGAGAAACGCACCUGAUGGAAGGCUUUCGAUGGAGUAUUGUGUGGCAAAAUGUCGUCCAAAACUUGCCCUGGGCAUUAGCUCCUGCUUUGACAUUCGCAGUCUAUACCUCCCUAGGGGACUCUCUAGAUGCUACAACGGCAUUCACCAAUUUAUCUAUCAUUACACUGCUCACCGACCCGGCAGCAAAGCUUCUCAGUGCCAUACCUUCGACUUCCGCGUCUCUAGGAUGUUUCGACAGAAUCCAGGAUUUCCUCGUGAUUCCAACGUGUCAAGAGGUCCAGGCCUCGGAUCUGAUCCCGGGUCCCACGCGUGUCCUAGCAGAUGUCACCGAGAUACAUGCAGUGGAGUCCCAAAAUUCAUGCUCUUCACAGCACGACCCUUUAGUCACCAUGAAAGAUGUGACUAUUCUUCCCGCUCCAUCAUCACAAGACUAUGUAUUACAGAACGUGAACCUGGAUGUCUACCGGGGCUCCUUUGUGUUUUUCAUUGGAGAAGUCGGAUCAGGCAAAAGCAGUCUCCUCCGCGCCAUGCUUGGCCAUGCAGCUUGCAAAGGGGGAUCGAUCAGAGUACCGCUUGGAGAUAUGGCAUAUUGUGCACAGACACCAUGGCUUCUCAAUGUCACUAUACGAGCUGCUAUCUGUGGACUUACUAACGACGAUGACGACGACAUUAUCGACAUAAACUGGUAUCAAUCUGUUAUACGCUCUUGUUUUCUUGAUCAUGACCUGAAGCUCUUGGACCGUGGCGACAGGACGCAAAUUGGCAGUGGCUCUGGAGCAGUUCUGAGUGGUGGCCAGAUGCAACGCGUCUCUCUCGCCCGAGCAUUAUAUUCGCGGAAAGGUCUGCUUCUACUUGACGAUGUUUUCAGUGCUCUUGACAACACGACUAAAAAGCACAUAAUGGCAAUACUAUUUGGCAAGGGUGGUCUGUUGCGGGAGAUGAAAUCAACUGUCAUGCUAGUCACAAAUGAUACGGAAUACCUUUCGUACGCCGAUGAGAUUUUUGCUCUUUCCAAAGGAAACCUGAGGAAACUCACUCCAGGUGCAGCAAUCUCAAAAAACAAUAUAUUUCACAUUACUCUACCUGAUGAAGCUAGGAAUGACACACCAACGCCAUCUGCAAAGGAGAAAUCGGGCCAGGUAUCGAAAGAGAACCAAAGGAAUGACCUAACCAGAGUUACGGGUGACGUCGCUGUUUAUAAGUACUAUUUUAAAUCCAUUGGCUUGGUAAAGACACUUGUUUUUCUUCUUUUUGCUGGUGUACAUGUCUUUUGCAGCACUUUCUCUCAAAUAUGGCUAGAAUGGUGGUCUAAGCAAGGCGGAGGGCAGAAAGGAUUAUACGUCAGCGUUUACAUGAUGUUGGCAUUGUUCAAUUCAAUCGGAAAUGGUGGAUAUGUGUGGGCAAUUCUCGUUCUCAUCUCCCCGUCGACUUCACGGAGGCUGCAUUACAGACUACUCAAAGCCGUUCGAAGAGCUUCCUCACUUUUCCUUUCUACUACCGACAGUGGCGUAAUUCUCAAUAGAUUCAGCCAGGACAUGUCUCUAAUCGAAGGACAGCUACCCAUUGGUGCCAUGGUUUUCAUAUCCACUGGACUAGUCGCAAGCGGGUCAGGAUAUAUGACGAUCACCAUCCCAUUCCUCUUACUCGCUCUCAUUCUCCUACAACACGUCUAUCUACGAACGUCCCGGCAACUUCGACUCCUCGACUUAGAGAGCAGAAGCCCCCUCUAUACCCAUUUCAUGGAAACCAUCAGCGGUCUUUCUACCAUUCAAGCAUUUCGUUGGCAAGACAGGUUUCAAGAGAAAAACUUCAGACUACUCGAUGCUUCUCAGAGACCGUACUAUCUUCUUUAUUGUGUUCAGAGAUGGCUGGUAUUGGUCCUAGACUUGAUUGUUGCUGCAGAGGCAAUUGUUCUUGUGACUCUAGCAGUGACGCUUAGAAGCGAGACUAGCGUGGGUCUCGUUGGUGUUUCCCUAAAUAAUAUCCUUUCAUUCGGCAACAGUCUCUCAGCCGUGACACAAGGCUGGACACAGCUUGAGGUCUCCCUUGGAUCUAUCUCCAGGGUUCGCGAAUUCGACAGCAGCAUCAAGUCAGAGCCAGAAGUCUUUAGAGACGGUGAACUACCAGACGAAUGGCCUGGCAAAGGGGCAAUCAAGUUUAGUAAGGUGACUGCGGAGUAUAGGUAUCUGUGGACGCACUGGAAGGAAGUAAUAUGUGAUCGACUAGUCGCUAUUCCCCAGGAUACGAUCAUACUCGAAGGCUGCAGUGUCCGACUAAACGCAGACCCUGCCGGCGCUCACACUGACACCGAGAUUAUAAUAGCUCUUGACCGUGUUGGUCUUUGGAAAAGUGUCCUUGAAGACCAGAGCGGCCUGGAUGCCGAAAUAAGCAGCUCAUCAGUCUCGCUAUCCAAGGGACAGCAACAACUCUUGGGCCUUUCACGCGCUCUGUUAAAGGUACAGAACCGUAAGAACAGUAGCAGCAGAAAUAUUUUACUGCUCGAUGAACCUACGAGUCAUGUGGAUCGAGAGACAGAUGACAAGAUGCAAGCAGUUCUACGCGAAACUCCGUGCCUGGCUGCUUGCACAAAACUGACAGUUGCGCAUCGGAUCAAGUCGAUCGCAAAUGCGGAUUUGGCGAUUGUUUUGGAUGCAGGGAGGAUUGUGGAAAUGGGCGAUCCGCGAGAUUUGAUAAUGAGAGCUGGAAGCGUGUUUGCGGAGCUUUCGAGUGGUGAGAAAUCAUGA